AUGGAUGAAAGCAACGUCCAUCAAGUUGGGAUGGAGGGUGGGUGGAUACAGAUGUGCUCGGAGCCCGGCCCAGGGCCUCCUGGUAAAUUAACGACUGAUGAAGCCAUGUCGAAAUAUUUGGAACCUCGGAGAAAUCCACAGUUGCAGUUCCAGAGUUCAGAAAUGGCAUGGAGGAUGAAAGCUGUAAAUAUGCCUCAAAGUCAGGUCACAGACUACUCUGAUAUGGAUGUGUCUAUUGCCGGCGCCAAGUUGAAGAGUGAGAACUUGCGUCUGAAGAACAUUCCAGAACUGCAGACUGAUGAGUUUAUGGAUUGUGACAGUGAUCUAGAUAUAGAUAAAAAAGUUGCCACCAAGAAGGUGGCUCCACCAGUGGAGACCAAAGAUGAGAGGGUCCCAGAUGUGUGUCUCAACAUCCAGAACAAGAAGCGACCACAGAAACGCUCCAUAGCUCAGGCUGUCUAUGAGCCGAAUGUCUCUCCUGCCUUAGACCCACACACUUUGAAGAUCACAGAAGAAGUUAUCCAAAAGAUCAAGGAAGAGACUGACACGAGCCUUGGAAUCUGCCUUACUUACAACCGCCAGCGUUUCUCAAAUAUUUGCAACCUGGAGGCUAUCAGUGACAUAAAGGUACCAAGUGGCACGUUUGGGGACGUUAUCAAAGUCAAGGAUUCUCAAACUGGCAGCAAUCUCAUCAAGAAACGGAUAAAGAAAAAUGCUCAAGGUAAAUAUGACAUUGAGAAGUAUGAAAUUGAAGUUCCCCUUCAGUUUGCAGAUGUGGAAAACAUUGCCAGAUUUCUUGGCUUGUACUGGUAUAGAGACCAGUUGCUUUAUAUCAUGGAGGAUGCAGGAAUUUCCCUGAGCCAACUGCUCACUGCCGAGGAAAGUUGUCUACUGUUGGAGCCAGGCAGAAUCGAAAAGAUCAUGCUGGAUGUUUUCACAGCCCUUUCCCAUCUGGCACUUCAUUACGUCACCCAUUCUGACAUCAAACCGGAGAACAUUUGCAUAAACACAAAAACAUGGGUAUCGAAGCUGGUAGACUUUGGCUCCUGCAAGACUCCACAGGAUGAAGUGAACUACAAGGGCACCACUCCGGAAUACUUAGACCCCCUGGCCAACAAGAGUUACUAUGCAUUUUAUGUGCUGAAGAAAAAGGACUAUCCAAUGCACAGAUUGGAUGACAAGGAUGAUGUGUUUGGAGCGGGACUUGUUGGUCUGUCUCUCAUUAUUAGAGGACGCCCAAUGAUUCGUUUCUUUACCGGACGUGACAUGGUCAGCGAUACCAACGAGCGGCUGGUUAUCAUGAAGAAG